AUGAAUCCAACCGCGUCAGAGCCACAUAUGUGGCAAAUCAUUGGAAAGAAAGGCGGGCCAUGGAUUAAAGUCCCAAUAAAGCCAUUCACUGACGGGCAGUCCAAAACUUGGCCCGGUGAAGGCUCUUUACAAGGCAGAUACCGUCCAAGUUCCGAAGAACGCCACUUAAUCCAGUUGGCCAAAGCAUGGAAGAAGCAACAGCAUGACCUUGCUGAAGGAGUUAAUUACUACCUAGACAAACUUCCCGAGGGAUAUGCUGUGUUUGAGCUGGAUCAACUUACCGGCAAUCAAGUGUGGAAACGCCUGUUCGGCCACCCUAGCGGAAACUAUUACGAUUCUAUUGUGAGGUUUCAGGUUCACUUUUUAUGGCUGAUGUCCGGCAAACAGGGUGACUGUGGAUGUAUCAACUGUGGAAAACCUCAGACACGACCCGCCAUAGGACGAAAGCCACGCCCGACCGGGUUUGAACGACUCCUUCCCCUGCGCGGAAGCGAAAACAACGGAUACCAAUCUGAUAAUACGUCAGGAUCGACCUCUGCUGGUGGCAGUAUGACGGGACGCCCCUCCAGAAGACCUCAGCGUCAAUUAAAACCAGCCGGAGCUCACUACGCCGUUGAUGAGGAGGGAAACGAAGAUGUUUACAAAGGGUAUCUCAAAAAGCUUGAAAAUAGCAGGGAUGGCAAGAAAGGAAUCGAAGACGACAUUCGAGAACUCAACUCCUUUGACUGGAGAGCUGAGCACGAGGAAUUCGCAAAGGAUGAGAAGUAUGGAGUCGAACUGAUAAAGCGACAUCUCACCUUGAUCUCACAACAACAUUCCUUCGCGCCUAGAAUUGGCGAGCUCGUUCUCUGGACGCCACAUUUCCUUGACGAUCACUAUCUGAUGCUAGACUCUACCAGGGGCGAAUUCAAGUUCUACUCCUUCGACCAGAAACAAUACCACGGAUUUCCCCGAUGGCGGGCUGGUCUUGUCACCCAGGUGCCAUUGACAACUGCAACAGAUGGCCCUGUUGAUUUUCCGGACAUUCAAACACUGCCGGAUAAGAGCACUUCUCUGAACACUUCUGGCUUCCGCAUCGAGACCUUUCCAGACCCGAACGAUGAGAUUGACAAGACAGCAUCCAAACAGUAUCGAUAUGUCCCGCUGCGGAAUGUCCGACCGCUUAGCCAUUGGCAGAUGCUUCUUCGUGGAAUUCCCCAUUCAGAGUGGCAUCCGUCUAUCAUGUCUGCCAUGACCUGUAUGACGAGUAUAUCGUUGUACGAGAAGUGGUGGUUCAAGGGAGAAUGGCCCACUGCAAGCGUCUUGUGCAAAGGAAUAUACAUCGGUCCUGAAUUCAUCAUGACAGGUGAUACGGUCAGAAUAACUCCCGAUGCCAAAGCUGCGGGUAAGGUCAAGAGGUGCACAGAUGUCAUGAUCGUGGACUCAAUUAGACUGAAUCUGCUGAACAUCCGAUCAGAAGAUGUCUUACCAGAUACACCGCUCCUCUCUUCUGCAUCCUCAAUCACUCUUGUCGGCAGAGCAUACACUCUGGACAUACGGCGUCAUUAUACAAUGCAUAACCAUGACCCGAAUGCCGCCCAGACGGUGCUACCAGCGCCAGUGCCACAAGAGGAAGUCAAAACGGUAUUUCGACCUGUUGGUACGGGUGAUUACGGUACUUGGUACUACCUACACGACCCAACUAAGAGGUAUCAAAUCUCUUAUGACCGCGUGCUGGGCAGGUUAUACGAAGCUGCGGCGGUGAAGCUAUGGACCGGCCAAUCACAGUUCAAACAAAGAGGUCGUGAGCAGUUGGAUAUCAGACCGAGCCUGGACUUUGAUUUGAGAGCUAUCGAGCAUGGUCGGAAAUUUGCGAGCGAGAAUGAUGAGCGCAUCGAGGAACCAAAGCCAGGUCAAUUAGGAUGGUUUUGGGCUGACACGAGAGUCGAGGCACUGGAUAUCCAGACAAUCAACGGCAUUGAGGUUGGAAAGUAUCACGAUGCCAGGACCCCACAGACUCUCCAGCAAUGGCGGAUGUAUAUGAAGCUUAUCAACGGACAUACAGAUACGCCAGAGCUCUUCAAGUUCAAGUCGGAUUUUCCUUCUCUAUCAGGACUCUCAGGGGUGGGUGGCCGCCGUGGAAGGAAGCCUGGCUCAAAGCUUGUUAAUGGCAAGGUGGUCAUGCCAGGCGAUCCAGGAUAUGAAGAGGCUGCUGGUAAAGCGUUCGCAGAGCCCAAUUGGACGCCAAGACACGGGAGCAGUCAACUUGCGGGAGCUGCUUUGGUAUCAACUGAUGAUGAGGACGAUGAAGGCGACGAAGACGAGAAUGAGCAUUUCGAAGAUGCUGAGGAAGUGUUGCCAUCGGUUGAGGAUCGGUCGCUGGUCAGUGCAAUGGAUCGUAGAAGUCCUCUUCCUCAAAAGAAGAGGACGCCGGUUCAAUCAAAGGCACAGAUUAUGCAGAACCCGGAGGAUAUCGAUGACGAUGAUGACGAUGACGACGAUGACGACGAGUGGUUGCACAAUCAUCCCCCAAUUCGGGGAGGAACAGAAGAAUCCGAAGGCGGUGACUACCGACCUGAUUUUGAGUAGAUUCCGGCAACAGGGAGUUUUGGGUCUGGUCAUGAUGGACCUGGAAUGGUGCAGUUGUUUAUUGGAGUGAGAAGUGAGACCCUCGCAUGAAUACGAGUUCAGUGAUCACGGACACAGAGUUCUUGAUAUGGGAAAGGCUUCGAUGACUGGAAUUGUGGUGAUUGGUUUAGAACAGA